UAUUAUCAACACAAGUGUAUCAAAUUUUAGUAAUUCUGAAACUUCCUACUCUCAAUACUUCCAAAAAAAUAUGGUAAGUUAUUAAACUAAACAUCAGCCAUCCAUAUCCUAUCUUACCAAAAAUUUAUUUUGUAUUAUCUGGCAGGAAUUUUUUUGGGGUAAUUAAGUAAACAAGUCCUAAAUAUAAAGGAUGGAGUAAACUUUGGACUCAAUUCUCUAUCUCUAUCCCUAUCCCUAUCCCUACUAUUAUAAAAAUUAAAGAUGUUUUUAUCGAUACUUCGAUACGUCAUUCUUGUAUGAGUAUGUUUUUAAAUUCGUUUGCAUUUAUAAAUACAUAUAUGCAUUUAGUUGGUUUUUAAGCUCAUUCGCUUUUGAAAAUACAUAAGGAGUUAUAUAAGAAAUUUUCUUUAAAAAAACUCACGUGCUAACUUGAGACGAUAACUACAGCUCAUGAUUUUUUUAAAAGAAAAUAUCCAAAAUUUCACCUUAACUAAACCAAUACCUUCAGUUGCAACGGGCAUUUUUUAGUCUUUUUAUAAACCCGAUUAUUGGGAAAUCAAAUUUUAGAGUUACGAGAAAAUACUUCAGUUGCAACGGGCAUUUUUUAGUCUUUUUAUAAAUCCGAUUAUUGGGAAAUCAAAUUUUAGAGUUACGAGAAACUCUCUCCGAGUACACGUGGAACACGUGUACCCCAAAACUGCACCGUGUCAAUGCAGUUGUUGUCCGUUCCGGAACAGAAAAGCGAAACGCGAAGCCGAUACCGAGUUAAACAGAGUUUUGCCGGUAUACGUAUCCCCUAUUUAAGGGCUCCUAUCGUAACGUGAUACACUCAACCGAAUCUUAACGAGCUUUUUCCCCGUAGAGAUAACCCGAGAUUUUAGUUUGCGACUCCGGAAUCGUCUCGUCGUCGAUAGUUGAGCAAACAAACCAUGGCGGAUGGAUCGAGCCCGUCGGCCGCCGCCGGUUACCCUUUGCUGGUGCAGCGAAGCAAUGCCGGCUCGCCGGCGAUGGCCUUUAGCCUGUCUGACGGGAAGACACACGACGACGUCAGCCUUCCCGAGAUGCACUCCAGCACCUACCUCCAGACGCCGCAGGGCUGGGUCCUCGUCCUGAGCUCCUCGUCGGCGCCGGAGAUGUCGACGUUCCUCCUCGACCCCCGUGACGGGAGGAAGGUCGGCCUGCCGCCUCUCGACGAGAGCGAGCUCCCGACGGCGCGCAAGUGCGUGCUGUCCGACAACGCCCCGGACGCCGGCGCCGGCGUCGUCGUCCUCAGCCUGCAGGGCCCGGCCGUGUGGUUCUGCCGCGUCGGCGGCGAGCGGUGGUCGACGCACACCUACGACAUGGGCUACUUCAGCCUCCCCGUGGAGUACCGCGCCCCCAAGAAGCGGCACCUGUUCGACGUCGCCGGCGUCGGCGGGAGGUUCUACUUCUGCGAGGACAAGGACUUCAGCCUCGGCACGCUCGACUUCACCGGCGACGGCGAGGUGGCGCUGGUCGCCGUGAGCGUCCCCGGCAUCGACGACAUUUUCCCGUCCCCCGACUCGAGCGGCAUCGCGGCCACGUACCUCGUCGAGUCGCGCGGCGACCUGUACCUCGCCGCCGUCGUCUUCCUCGGCUUCCGAGCCGAAGGGCCGCCGCACAAGUUCAGCGUCUACCGGAUGGACUUCUCGGCGGCGGGGCCGGCGUGGCGCAGGACGGCGGACAUCGGCGGCGACCGGGCGUUCGUCCUCGGCGGCGGCGGCGGCGGCAACUUCGGCGCGUCGUGCUCGGCGAGCGGGUGCGGGGUGCGGGCGAACUGCCUCUACUGGUUCAACUCCUUCAGUCCGGAUGACUACAACCUGCAUGUGCUCAGCGUCGGCGAUGGCGGCGUCGAGACCGUGGCGCCGCCGCCGUUCGAGCACGCCUCUUGUGUGCACAAGCCGUUCUGGCUUGUUCCAACUACUAAUAAUACUGCAUGAUUAAGAUUAGGUUAAUUAUGUUUUGUUCCAGUAUCAAUUAGUACCAAGUACUCCGUACUACUUUACUUUACCUCAUUUAUAAAUAGUUAAUGAAUUCAGUUAUGUGUACGUU